GGUGAGUGUGGCAAUCGAACUCGGGCUCUGGUACAGGGUCUCCACAGGGCCUCAGAUGUAAGAGUCUACAUCAACAGGGUGGAAGACCUCAGCUACCAUCCUGAGUUUCCAGAGACUAGUGGUGUUGCAGUCAAGGAGAAGGUUAUCCCUUGCCUACUGCGUCUGAAACAGGCCAAUGACCCAGGCCUGAGAGCAGCAGUUAGAGAAGCCCUCGCUCUGGUGGGCUACCACGCACCUGUUAAAGGCCGGGGCAUACGCAUCCUGUCCAUAGAUGGAGGAGGAUUAAGGGGACUUCUUGCACUUCAGACGUUACACAAACUGGAAGCCCUGACCGGCAAACCCAUUUACAAACUGUUUGAUUAAUGUGGUGUCAGCACAGGUGCUAUCUUAGGGUUCAUGCUAGGUGUGUUCCAAAUCCCACUGAAUGAGUGUGAUGAUCUUUACCGGAAGCUGGGUUCAGAUGUCUUCAAGCAGAAUGUCAUUGUUGGCACCGUGAAGAUGGGCUGGAGCCAUGCUUUCUAUGACAGCGAGGCCUGGGAGAACAUCCUUAGAGAGAAAAUGGGCUCUCACCUCCUGGUGGAGACUUCAAGAAACCCAGAAUGCCCCAAGGUGGCAGCGGUGAGCACCAUUGUGAACCGGGGCACUCCCCUAAAGGCCUAUGUGUUCAGGAACUACAACCUGCUGCCCGGGGUGCGCUCUCACUACCUGGGGGGCUGCCAGCACCAGCUGUGGCAGGCUAUCCGUGCUACGUCAGCAGCCCCUGGGUAUUUCCAGGAGUUCACCUUGGGAAAUGAUCUCCACCAGGAUGGAGGUCUGCUGAUUAACAACCCCACAGCACUGGCUAUCCACGAGUGUAAGUGUUUGUGGCCUAACACGCCCUUGGAGUGUG